AUGGGGACGGCGAUUAUUUUGUUUGUGCUGACGGCUACGCGGGUGAGGUGGUGGAGACCUGCCAAAUCGACGAAAAUUGCGUGGCCAUCACACAACUGUCGGGGUGCUUGCCCAUCGUUCCUUGCAAGAUGCCAGAUGUCGACACUUGCGUAA